AUGGCUCCGAUGCUCGAGAGAAGUUUACCAUACCAUGGCAUAGAGGGCGAGAGAUGGCAGCUGUCGCAGGAACAUCGAUUACCAGACGCACUUUCAUCAACGACCGACAUGCCAGCCGCAAGUGAUUUCCCUCUUACGGCCGCCAGUGGACAAUCUGACAAUUCUCAACUUGGAAACUUUGGGGUCAGAUACACGGUAACCUCCAAUCCGACACGUCCUGCACAGCCACCCGGACAUACCGCCGAUGCAGUUCACAGUUUCGCGCGACUGAAUUCAGCAGAGCAGGUGCAUGCAACCGAUUAUCCCUUCUUGGACACUGACUUCAAGUCACGCAUCCCACCGGAAGAUUUAGACUAUCUUGAUUGCAUCGGUUGUCUUAAGUUGCCUCAACGAACAUACCUAGACGAUCUUCUCCGAGCCUAUUUUCUUUACACUCAUCCGCAUUUACCUCUAAUUAAUGAGGGGGAUUUCUGGGACACGUAUCUUCACGACCGUACGGAUACUCAGAGCCCUUCUCGCAUGUCUUUACUUGUCUUCCAAGCAAUGCUAUUGGUUGCCUGCAGCUUCGUGUCUUCUUCCACGAUCCAGGCUCUAGGAUUCUCCAGUGUCCGUGCGGCGCGAGCGAGCUACUACCGCCGGGUCAAGGCGCUGUAUGAUUUCGAUAUCGAGAGAAGUAGUCUGGCAAGGGCUCAAGGAGCAUUGCUGAUGACGUUCCAUGUUCCACUCAAUCAGCCACAGAUCAACACGUACUGGCUGAGCGUGGCCAUUCAUCUGGCCAAAGUCGCGGGCGCAGACCAUUUCUCGACGUAUGCAGGUAGAGACCCCGCAAGACACAAUCAGCUGAAGCGAGUCUGGUGGUGUUGCAUCAUUCGCGACAGAACGAUGGCUUUGGGGCUCAGAAGGCCUAUCAACAUUCUGUCGGCAUCCUUUGAAGAAAUCUGGCCUCUGCUCACGGACCACGACUUGAAGAGUGAAAUUGGCCGAUCGUGCGUGCGCGGUACUUCGGCGAAGCUGAGACUGCUGCACAGCCUGUCGGCACUAUGCAAGCUUUGUGUGGUCCUUUGCCCUAUUCUACAGUUGUUAUACCCGAGUGACGGCGUUCGUUGCGAUAAAGAUCGUCUCGAGCUCCUCAAGGGCAUUUAUAUAUACACUGAGGAGUUGAACGAGUGGCAUGAUGGGGCCGCGAGCAGUAUGCGAGUCCAUGACCCGCGCGACAAAAGCUUCAACGUGGUCAUCCUGUUCACCAAUCUUCUCACCAUCUACUUCCAGUCUGCAAAGGCAGCACUGUGCAAUUAUAGAAUUAUGCUCACGGUGAAUGAGCCCGCAGAAUACAACUUUGAACGACUACAGAUCAAGAAUGAGCUUCAGGUUGCCCUCCGUGGCAUCGCGCAAAGCUUACGAGCCAUAAUUGACGCCGAUAUGAUCACAUUUUCUCCGAUUAGCAUGGUGGCUUUCCUUGCGCUGCCGUCAAUCUGCUACAACCUGGAUCUGAGCAACAAUGCAACCACGCAGAAAGCCGUCAGCACUUCUGGGGCCAAUAUAUACCAAGAUUUCCUCCGCGUUCUCCAGCUGAGAUACGAAGGUACCGAUAGGGCUCUGGGCAAUAUGUCAAAGUUGGUGAAUCAUAUGAACCUGGAAGAUGCUACCUCACCUAUGACAGUGAAAUCGACAUCAGAAAACCACCUGCCGGAGCGGUCAGAGUUGGAUCGACCUAUGGAGAUGGCUGAUCCUGCCAAACGUGGGGCAGGAAUCGAGAUUGUCAUUUCUGAUCCGCAAAAGUACCUUCAUAUGAGCAACACGUUGGAUUUCUUCCUUUCCCGGGGCCGCUUUCCCUCGAACCACGAUAAUUCAUCAAAUCUUGUGGUGUCGCCAGCCGACUCUAACGCUUCACCCAUCGCAGAUCGGAUGAACGACUCAACGGCUGAUGAUUCGAGCGACGCUACGCUCAGGUCCCUGCAGACGACUGGCAUGGCAGACUGUGUCUUGGCGACUUCAUCAUCAGGAUUGAAUGGGUCGGUGGCAUCGCGAGGUGCCGGCAGCGGUAAUGUCGAACUCUCUGUCAUGCUCACCGACGAACCUUUUGCAUCGGACGCCAUCCACCCGUGCGACUUCUCCUUCGAAGACUUCAUGACGGACGGACCAAACUCGGGUAUCGAGCGACUGCAGAACAUGCUUUAUGCGUACCCGGACUGGUCAUGA